UUGAAAUUUCUUGCUUUCAUGUUCCUUGGACUUUUCAUAAAAUGGUUAUUUGAGUGGGAGACGCACAUUGUGGUGUUGUUCGUCUUUUUGACAUACACGGUAACUGGCGGCUGGAGGUUUCUCAGAAUCGUCUGGUACACAUGGAGAAGAGAUUUAAAAGGUCUAACCUUUCUGAUAUACGUCUCGGUGCUGUUGAAAUGGUACAGAAAAACUGGUGUGACUGUUGUUACCCUGUUCGACAAAACUACCAAGAAGAACCCAGACAAGAAAGCAUUCAUCACGAUUGAUGGCAGGUCAUGGACUUUCAGAGAAGUCAAUGAAUAUUCCAAUGCUGUUGCUAAUUAUUUUUAUGAUCAAGGCUAUCGAAAGAAUGAUAUAGUGGCAGUUUUUAUGGAAAGCCGACCGGAGUUUGUUAUGAUCUGGUUGGGGUUAGCAAAGAUAGGAGUCAUCUCUGCCUUAAUAAAUUUCAAUCUUAAGCACGAGGCACUUGCACACUGCAUCAAAGUUUCAGGAGCCAGGUCUUUGAUCUUUGGCUCUGAGUUAUGUGAAGUUGUGAAAGAAAGUUACCACCUGCUUCCAACAAACAUAAUCUUAUACAUAUCCGGAAUGUACCAGACCAACAACAUUCAAGCCAAGCACCUUGAUAACAUACUGAAGGAUUACUCCAAACUACCACCACGAGUCACCCAUAAAACGUUCUUCAAUGAGAAGCUGAUCUACAUUUAUACAUCAGGAACAACUGGCCUACCAAAAGCUGCAGUUGUCACACAUAGCAGAUUUUAUUACAUGGCACGGUCGAUAUUCCACUUUUACAAAAUGACUGCCGACGACGUAAUCUAUGGAACGCUGCCUCUCUACCACUCGGCCGGUGGCGUUCUUGGCGUCGGGAAUGUGCUAAUCUCUGGCUGCACCAUGGUCAUUCGUAAGAAGUUUUCUGCUUCCAAGUUCUGGAUCGAUUGUAGAGAUCAUGGCUGCACUGUAGCCCAGUACAUUGGCGAGAUAUGUAGGUACCUGUUGGUCCAACCAGCCUCUGUGAAUGAUACCAACCAUAAAAUCAGGUUGAUGUUUGGUAAUGGCUUGCGUCCACAGAUCUGGCUGGAGUUCAAGAACAGAUUCAGCAUUCCACAGAUUGGAGAGUUUUAUGGGGCCACUGAAAGCAAUGCAAAUAUAGUGAACAUCGACAACACGCCUGGAGCCAUUGGUUUCCAAACUCGCAUCAUACCUUCAGUAUACCCGGUGACCUUAAUAAAAGUUGACCUAAUUACAGGAGAGCUAAUUAGAGAUAAGUAUGGCAGGUGCAUCAGGUGCCAACCAGGUGAACCAGGCGAGUUAGUUGGAAAGAUCGUGUCCGGCAAGCCACUGCGUUCAUUCGAUGGAUACGCUGACAAAGAGGCGAACAAGAAGAAAAUGGCCAGAGAUAUCUUUAAGCCUGGAGAUUGCUACUUCAUGUCAGGUGACAUCCUCGAGAUGGAUGAGUUCGGCUACAUGUACUUUCGAGAUCGUACAGGUGAUACGUACAGGUGGAAAGGUGAGAAUGUGUCGACGUCCGAAGUGGAAGCCAUCAUCAGCAACAUCAUCCACCUCACUGACACCACUGUCUACGGUGUCGAGAUACCUGGCACGGAAGGAAGAGCUGGCAUGGUGGCCGUGGCAGACCCCAACAGGACGUUGGACCUGCAGCUGCUAAGUAGGGAGGUCAAGAAAACAUUACCAUCCUACGCGAGGCCUGUCUUUAUCAGGGUCAUGAGUCAACUCAAUAUGACCAGCACAUUCAAGUUGAAGAAAGUAGAAUACAGAAUGGAAGGCUUCAAUCCAGACAUCAUUGCAGAUGAUUUGUAUUACCUUAAUGUCAGGAGCAACUCUUACGACCAGCUGAACAGUGAUGUCUACAACGGCAUUCUCAAUGGAACUAUCAGAUUCUGAUAUUAUAUUAUUAUUAUUAUUAUUAUUAUUAUUAUUAUUUCUAUAUAUUAUUAUUUGGCUGUCUGUGUGUACAUGCGUGUGUGUACAGGUCCAAAUGUACAUACAGGCCAUUAUAACUUAAGCAAAAUGACU